GGAGGAGCAGAGGGAGUAAGACCACGGUGGUGCGAGUUGCUUCACUCCACUCACCGCCCCGCAAUAUAAGAGACAUUCCCGUACUGCCCACCUUCCGACUACCUCACCAUCUUCACCACUGCCUUCCGCUGUGCGUAUAAGAAACCAGCAGCAUGUCAGCGAAGGCGAUCCGCGAGGCCACGGGCAAGACGCUGCUCAACAACCACCUGCCUUCGGGGGCGUCUGCCACCUGCCGCUUCGCCUCAGUCACAGAGGACACCAAAUGGAGCGAUCUCGCCCAGCAGCACCCAUGGCUCAAGACGGAGAAGCUUGUGGUGAAGCCUGACCAGCUGAUCAAGAGGCGCGGGAAGCUUGGUCUCAUCAAGGUGGGCACGGACCUGGCGGGGGUCCAGAGCUGGGUGGACGAACGCAUGAACAAGGAUCAGCAGGUGGGCAAGGCUGUUGGAAAGCUACGUAACUUCAUCAUCGAACCUUUUGUGCCCCACGAUCAAGAUGCUGAAGCCUAUGUAUGCAUCUACUCACACCGCCAUGGGGACACUCUUCUCUUCACACAUGAGGGUGGUGUUGAUAUUGGAGAUGUGGAUGCCAAGGCACUCAAGUUGGAGCUGGGCAUUGAUGAACGCCCCACAGAAGCCCAGAUCGAAGACACCUUGCUGGUUCACCUCAAAGGAUCACGAAAAGAGAAGGCUGCUGUGUUCAUUAUGGCUCUCUAUAACCUGUAUGUUGAUCUGUACUUCACUUACCUUGAGAUAAAUCCUCUGGUGAUCACGGAUGAGGACAUCUACAUCCUGGAUCUGGCAGCGAAGCUAGAUGCCACUGCAGAGUUCCUAUGUAAGGCUAAGUGGGGUGACAUCGACUACCCUCCUCCAUUUGGCCGAGAUGCUCUGCCAGAGGAGGCUUUCAUUGCUGACUUGGACUCAAAGAGUGGAGCGUCACUUAAGUUGACCAUCCUGAAUGAGAAGGGCCGCAUCUGGACCAUGGUUGCUGGUGGUGGUGCAUCGGUAAUCUAUUCAGACACCAUCUGUGAAUUGGGUGGGGCCUCUGAGCUGGCAAACUAUGGAGAGUACUCUGGGGCACCUUCUGAACAGCAGACUUAUGAGUAUGCCAAGACCAUUCUGACUCUCAUGACCAAGGAAAAGCACCCUGAUGGCAAGAUCCUCAUUGUGGGUGGAGGAAUUGCGAACUUCACCAAUGUAGCCGCCACCUUCAAGGGCAUCGUUAGAGCCCUCCAGGAGUACCAGACAAAGCUUAUUGAAGGAAAAAUCAGCAUCUAUGUGCGUCGUGCUGGACCUAACUACCAGGAAGGCUUGAGAGUGAUGAGAGAGGUGGGCAAGACUUUGGGCAUCCCAGUCUAUGUGUUUGGUAAUGAGACUCACAUGACAGCCAUCGUCUCCAUGGCCCUUGGGAAACGACCCAUCCCCAAGGAGCCAACUGCUGAGAGUCACACAGCUAACUUCCUCCUGCCUGGGGGGCAGAACACUGCCGGCCCUCCAGUGGAAAUAUCUUAUCUGAAGGAAAUGUUUUCAUCAAAUCUCAAAGGGCAGUCUCCACGGCCACAGCGGAAAAGUGAGUCCUCAGGUCCAACUGUGACAGUAGCAGCUAAGGACACAAAGCAGCUCUUCCAUAAGAACACCAAGGCCAUCAUCUGGGGCAUGCAGACUCGAGCUGUUCAGGGAAUGCUGGACUUUGACUUUGUGUGUUCCCGUACUGAGCCCUCUGUGGCAGCCAUGGUGUAUCCCUUCACUGGUGACCACAAGCAGAAGUUCUACUGGGGACACAAGGAGAUACUUGUUCCAGUGUACAAGAGUAUGGCUGAUGCAAUGAAGAAACAUCCUGAAACAGAUGUCUUGAUCAAUUUUGCUUCCCUCCGCUCUGCCUAUGACUCCACCAUUGAAACCCUUGGUUUUCCACAGAUCCGCACAAUUGCCAUCAUCGCAGAGGGCAUCCCAGAAAACAUGACUCGAAUCCUCAUCAAGAAAGCAACAGAAUUGGGUGUGUCUAUCAUUGGACCUGCCACUGUGGGAGGAAUCAAGCCUGGCUGUUUCAAGAUUGGUAACACUGGUGGCAUGAUGGACAACAUCCUUCACUCUAAACUGUACCGCCCUGGCAGUGUGGCCUACGUGUCUCGGUCUGGUGGCAUGUCCAAUGAGCUCAACAACCUCAUUUCUCACAACACUGAUGGUGUGUAUGAAGGCGUGGCAAUUGGAGGUGACCGCUACCCAGGGACAACCUUCAUGGACCAUCUCCUUCGCUACCAUGACAACCCUGAGGUGAAAAUGCUGGUUCUGCUUGGAGAAGUGGGAGGUGUUGAGGAAUAUGAGGUGGUGGAGGCUCUCAAGACAAAGAGGAUUGUCAAGCCCAUCGUUGCCUGGUGCAUAGGAACCUGUGCUGGAAUGUUUAGUUCAGAGGUGCAGUUUGGUCAUGCUGGAGCCUGUGCCAAUGCUGAGCGGGAAACGGCUGUGUCUAAGAAUAAAGCACUGUCUCAAGCUGGAGCUCAUGUGCCAUCCAGUUUUGAUGAGCUGGGUGAGGUAGUGAAAAAAGUGUACCAGAAGCUGCUGCAAGAAGGUGUUAUUGUUCCCAAGGAAGAAGUUCCUCCCCCCACAGUGCCUAUGGACUUCAGCUGGGCUAGGGAACUGGGUCUGAUCCGCAAACCUGCUUCCUUCAUGACUUCAAUCAGUGAUGAACGUGGGCAGGAGCUGCUCUAUGCUGGCAUGCCCAUCUCAGCUGUCCUGGAGCAAGGUCUGGGUAUUGGAGGGACAUUGUCACUGCUGUGGUUCCAGCGGCGCUUGCCUCCUUAUGCCACCACCUUCCUGGAGAUGUGUCUGAUGGUGACGGCAGAUCACGGCCCAGCAGUGUCUGGUGCUCAUAACACCAUUGUCUGCACCAGGGCUGGCAAAGACUUGGUGUCUUCUCUUGUGUCUGGACUCCUGACUAUUGGAGACAGGUUUGGAGGUGCCUUGGAUGGUGCAGCUCGGCAGUUCAGUGAAGCUUUCGACAAAGGACUUCUUCCAAUGGAGUUUGUGAAUGACAUGCGCAAAAAAGGCCAGCUGAUCAUGGGUAUUGGCCACAGGGUGAAGUCGCUGAACAAUCCAGAUAAGAGAGUUGAGAUCAUUAAGAACUUUGUGAAGAAGGACUUCCCCACCACACCACUACUUGACUAUGCUCUAGAGGUGGAGAAGAUCACCACCAGCAAAAAGCCUAACCUCAUCCUUAAUGUGGACGGUGUGAUUGGCGUGGCAUUUGUGGACCUGCUGCGUAAUUCUGGCUCCUUCACUCGGGAAGAGGCAGAGGAGUACAUCAAUAUUGGAACAAUCAAUGGACUGUUUGUUCUUGGCCGUUCCAUGGGAUUCAUUGGUCACUACUUGGACCAGAAGCGCCUGAAGCAAGGUCUGUAUCGCCACCCUUGGGACGACAUCUCCUACGUCAUGCCUGAGCACUACUCCUCUUAAGGAACCUGCACUGCUUAAGACCACUAUGGAGGAAAGGUCCUUCAGGGUACAGCACACCACAGGAGGACUUUGUCACAUUCCAGUGGUCAUUGGGAUGCUGCUGAAACAUGUCACUAAGGAUAAGGAGGAUUAUUGGUGCUGAUAUUAAGGUUGGCUGAUGCUUGACUGUUGUCUCAUUGGUUAUGUCUUUGGACAGCUCAGUUGAGGCAUCAAGGGAACCAGGUUUCAGAUUGCACCACCUUAGCCACUAUAUUUUUGAGAUCAACGAUAUAGCUCCUCAGAACGUAUGGCUAUUUUUAAUAUCGUUUUAUUUGAAUAUGACACAUUUCCCAGAUGGUACAGGAUAUUUUUAUACAUGAAUGAAACCUUGGCAGUCUACGGGGAUGUUUUUAUUUCUUGUGCCAACCCACAAUGCAAUUCUAUUCCAUUCAUGAGUUCUUAAUCAAUAAUCUGACAAUAAACUGUAACUUACUGGAGUUAAGUAAUGCACGUGAGUAUUGAGUAGCUAAGCAUAUCAUGAGGGUAGAUGCCAAACAAUCAAUUUUAUUAAAAAUGUGGAAACAGAAUGCACAUAUAGUUGUUUAAUUGUCUCUCUAGUACCAUGAUAUUUCAUGUACCAGAACUGCACAAAUGUAAUUUAGUAAUGUGGAGCACACUUAUUUGUUUUCCUUGACUUCACCUGCCAUAUGAAGUCAAGGUAUUAGAGGAAGCAUAAAUGGUAAUUAUUGUUUCUGAUGCUUCUUUAUGACGGAAGCCGAUUAGUGUAUUGUAUGCUUGUGUAUUGUGAUUGUGAUGUAUGAAAUUGUUCCUAUAACCCAUUAACUUGACUCAAUACACCCAGUUCCACUCAGUAUAUAAAAAUGGUAGAUAUGUACUCUUAAGUGUCAUUGUGCACUUAUAUAGUCUGAAGCUGAGAGAGGUGGUGCACAAAGGAAGUGUUGAUGUCCUACACUCUAGUUAGGAUAUGCACUUUAAUCCCUCCAGUAAGUGCUUUAGCUCAAAUUAUUUUUUGUACACUUAAAAAUCUCCAAAAAAGCCAAGUGUAAGUGGUUGGUAUGUUGGAUAUUCAUAAUACUUCCUCAUACAUAUCCAGUGACUCUUUAUCUCUCUAUUUCUUCACAUAUCAGUGUGUGAGAAUGGUGUACAUCCUGGAAUAUAUCAAAGUUUAAUCGUAUUGUAAGAGUUGUGGCUACUGUCUUGGAUUUUGAUGCUUUACAGUAAUCCUUCCUUAUAAUGGAUUGGUAAUUCCAUGAACUAUUCAUUGUAAGCUCAUAUUUUUAGGUAAACUGGCACUGCAUUGACCUUGCACAGUAUUAGGAACACUUCAGAGUAACAUAUUAGAGAUAGCAAGGAUUGUAGAAAAGUAUAAAGUGUCAACAUCAGGCCGAACAUAAUAAUGCACUUGUACUUCAGUGUUUCUUCACAUGAUCGAAAUUAAAGUAUUUAACAGGAUGAAAUUAGAGAGAGUGAGAGACAAAUGCAUGUCCAAAUUGCUUUAAUCACUUGCUAUUAUUGGAUCUGUGUUAUUUCUUUAUGUACUGAUGUGUUUGGCUUGAGGUGUCCAACAAAUCAUUGCCCAUUAUAACAGGAUUACUGUACUGAAAAGGUAAAAGGUUUGGAGCAUCCCCUUGUCUGAGAACUGUACACCAGCUAAGAUCAUCCCUUCUCUCCCUCAGAUGUUCUUGGGUUAUCUUCAUGAGAAAAAUGAUACAGUAGACGGUUGUUAGUUGACACUGUUACAAGACUUUAAUGUUUAUUGUUGAUCAAAUUGUUUGUCAUAUUCAAGUGAGCAGUUUGAUGAUGUAGAGGCAAAGUUGUUUGAGGUUAAAAUGUUCUCUAUUUGUCAUCUGUGUUGUCUCCCUUGAUCAUCUUUUGCAUUUGCUUCUUUUUUUUUAAGCAAAUGUUUCCUUUAUUGUAGUUUAUUUAAAUUAUGUUCAUUGGAAUUGGUGUUAAGUGAUACAUUCCAUUAUAUUGUGUUGUGGUUGUGUGACUAAGUAAUUUUCUGAGAAUAAAUACUUUUUAGUUUUUUAGGGAAA